UGUGAACCGGCUAAACUGCAGUACAGCUCAGACUGCGAAUGCGAACAGAUGAAAUCCAAUUAUCCCUUCGCCGAAGAAGUCUUAACGGGCACUGAACCCAAGUCUGGACGUCUACACUGCAUGCGCAAGGCAACGCUGAUCACAUACGUUCACGGCCACAACGGCAAAUGUGAGCAACGAACUCAUCCGCUGUCAGUGGUCUGUCAACCAGUCCGAAGGCAUCAGCUACUGCAGCAGCUGAACACUCAUCGACUCACUAACACCAACCAGAGUAGGAACUCUUAUGUUGAUCAGAGACCCACGAAUUGGUGUGAAGAAGCCGCGCGCGUCGGUGGGUGCAUGGAUGCGUUUACAAGAAAGGUCUGCGGUGGGACUUGUGGCGUCGGCAUCUGCAAACGUGCUUAUACCUACUAUGGGAAGUGCCAGUCAACGGGUCGAAUGACAGUCCUCCGAGUCCAUUACAAACUCGAUCUCGACCACGGUCGCUGUGUGGUCAUCAAGGAGGCUCAAACUAUUCUUUGCGAUCGUUGUCCUGUCGGCAGCUUUGAGAUUAUAACCCCAUGUGAUAAAGCGAGCAAGAAGCGACAGCUGAUUCGGAUCACCGCGGCUGUGAAUCUUGCCAAAAUAUCGGGGAAACCUCCUAGUUGCCGAUUUAAAAUGCGAAAGCAGGAGUUGAACUGUCAGGGCUGCACUUUUGCUGAUGGUGAGAGCGCUGAGAAACAGUCGAUUUCCGCCUGUCAACUCACCGCAAGCAAGAAAUUCCGACUGGCCGUACGGAAGGAAUACAUGGUGAACAAUAACGGCUGUUGCGAAAUCCGACGACACGUCAUCGUCGAGAAGGAGUCCUGUGUCCAACAACUGGCAGAGACAAGAGACUGCAGAGACCUUAUUGGAAGGGCCGAAUGUGAGGAAUUCAAGCACCUGAAUCAUUGCACAACAAGGCCACACGCUGCCCGUCUCCUGUGUGCCAAGGCUUGUGGACUGUGUUAA